AUGAUGAAGCCGAGGGAACAUUCUUGCAACAUUCUUUCUUGCCUCGGUACGCUGCUCGACGCCGGCUCACGCUUCACCGCCUUCCACGCGUCUUGGGAUAGCUGUUUCCGAUAUCCGAUAAACGAAUACGCUAAUCUGUGUGUCAAUCAUCCAAUAUAUGGUGCAUCGGCUAAAACGGAAACAGAGCAUCUUGGUAAAUUCGCGAACAUGGUAGACGCGCUAGCUGACUCAUUGACCGAGGAACAAGAAGCGCAAGCGUUUGAGUACAUGGAAAAAACACAGACUGCCAUUGAUCGCGCCGAAAUGCUUAUAAUACAACUUGACGCACGAAAUGCAACAACAAGCAUGAUUACCGAUCACGCAAGCAAACGAUUGGAUGACUACAUAAAAUUCUGCCCUUACGUUAUUAGCAUUUGCAUUCUCGCCGAGUUGAUGAUUUUACCGCAAGUGACAUCAAUGGUCUACAUGAUGUAUGCAGGUGCAUCACCAAAACUGGCAUCAUGUGGGGACGGUAGCAUCUUUGACAGCAGUCUCGAAGAAAGCGAGGUCUGCACUGCAUAUCACCAGAUCGAGGGUAAUUGCUCAAACCCAACGCUAAAUUAUCAGUUCAAAUCUGUCAAUGUUGAGUGGAAUUAUUUCUGUGGCAACUCCAAGCUCAUAAAAAAUUCGAUUUCAAUACAAAUGCUUGGAGUCUUGGUUGGAUCUCUGGUAUUUGGUCAGAUAAGCGACUUGUAUGGAAGACGCAAGAUGAUGCUACUGACAACGACUGGAAUGGCCAUAGGAUGGAUAUUUGUUGCCAGAUCUGCUACGCUGUCACAAUUCACCACCGCUCGUACGGUAGUGGGAUUUUUCUGUGGAGGAAGUAUUGCGGUGCUGAACGUGUUCAUUAUGGAGAAUAUUCCAAAAAGACACCGAAUGUGGAUCAACAUGGUGAUCACCUGGUCGCCAAACAUGCCUCCAAUUGCGCUGUUGGCAUGGCUCACCAAAGAGUGGAGACUGUUCGCGAUGGUUAACGGCAUUGCUUGCAUCCCUGGGAUCUUGUUCUGCUUAAUUUUCAUUAGCGAGUCUCCGAGAUGGCUGAUCCACAAAGGCAAAGUUGAAGCGGCUACAGAAAUUAUGAGAGCCGAAUUUUGCAGAGAAAGAAGUGGUGAAGAAGUGGAAAAUAUCGUAAUCAAAGAGUAUGAGCUUUCACAUCGUGCUGAUGCUAAGAAGAGGAGAUAUUCUGUUCACCACUUAUUCUACUCUCGUAAACUGGCAACAAUCACCUCUGUUCUGGCCUUCAGCUAUUUCUCGACUUCCAUUGUGAACUACUGUAUCUUGUUCAAUUUGGAAAAGCUCAGUGGAUCAUUGUACCUCAACUCAGUUUACACGGGAUUAAUGAGGUAUGCAUGCAAUUUGGCAUGUGGCUAUGCCGACUUUAAAUGGCAUAGGGUUGGCAGAAAGUUUGUACACACGUCCGGGUUACUUCUAAUCAUUAUUUCGCUUGCAGUUGUAAUAUUCGCUUAUGCACUCGAUCUCAAUCAUACGCUUACUCAGGAAAUUCGUAUAUGCGUUCUGAUCGCAAGCUCAAUGACUUCGCAGAUUUACAUCGCAGACGGCAUCACUGGCAACGAGCUCUUCCCGACUCCUAUAAGAAAUCUUGGCUACUCAUUCCUUCAGAUUUGGAAUCGAGCUGGAGUCGUAAUCUCUCCCUUCGUUUUCUACUCGGCUGAUAUAUGGAUUGCACUGCCUUACUGUGUCAUGUGCUUUCUCUGUCUUAUUGACACAGUCGCGUUUGAAUGUCUUUUACCAGAAACGAAAGGAAAACACCUUGUAGAGCAUAUGCCUGGUCGCGAUCAGAGGAUAUUCCGAGCGAAAUCACGAGAAACAGAUGGGAAGCUGGAAGCACUAGUGGCAACGCCAUCAACGUGACAAAUUGCUGCCUCUAUUCGUUGACGAAGGUCUCAUGAUGCACAUUACGAAAGACAUCUCAUUUUUAUUACUAUUACAAGCAGACAAUUUCCGUUAGAAAUCCAGAACGCUGUUAUUCGCAACGAUCAUCAAAAACAUGUAAAUGAUUAACAAUAAAAAGGAAUCA